AUGGUUGGCAACGUGCCCACCCGGACAGCCAUGUUUGCCGGCAAAGACUUCUCGUCUAGGAUCUUGGAAUCCAAUGGCUACCAGCGGUCUUGUGCGAGAGAGGGCGUGGCCGGUUUCUGCUCCGGGCUUCCAGAAGCACUUGUGACAACGCCGUUUCAAGUUGUCAAAGUUCGUAUGCAGAGCAAAGAGCUUGUGCAGUUUUAUCGCAACGACUUCGAUUGCCUGGUCAAAGUAUUGUCGGAGGAAGGUACGAUGGCACUCUUCACAGGAUUAUCCACAACAGUGAUUCGAAAUUCCGUUUGGAAUGGUAUCUAUUUCGGGGCCAUCGCAAAGCUGUCGGAUUGGAGUGGCCCUGGACCAGACGGAUUGGCUGGCGAAAUCCAGAAUCUGGUUACUGGGCUUUGUGCUGGAAUUGUGGCAACGUUAUUUGAUGCUCCACUGGACGUGGUGAAGAGCCGGAUCCAGGAAAGCAGACCUACAGCUCGCAGGACGCUGCCUGCAACACUGAUUGAGCUUUCACGAGAAGGAGGAAUUCCCGCAUUGUACAAGGGCUUUGUGCCUAAAGCUUGGAGGAUGGGGAUUGGAGGUGCAGUUGGCUUCGUAACCUUUGAGUUUGUGCAUCGUAGGCUCGAGAAAGCUAUGAGCGGAGCACCAGAUCUCGGCGCUGUUCCAGAUAGCAUCACCACCAAGGACGAGUAUGAGACAUGUCUGGGACAGCUUUCCUUCCGCGACGGACUCCCAGAUGACGACACAGUCCAGAAGGUCUACGACAACCUGGAUAGAUCCCGGGGCGUGAGUGCCUUCCUGGAUAUGGUGCCUCUAGCGUCGCUGGAGGCCAUGCGCCGUGGCUUGGUAGAGAAUGGCAUGGAUGCGGCGAACAAGGUUAUGAUAUUCGAGACUCUGAUGGACUGCAGCAGCCUCUUCCUCACGGGCAACACUGACACAGUUUACGCAACGGGCCUGCUCAAUCUUCAGAGGGAUGGACCUACCGUCAUCGAGAUGCCCCCUAGCGUGGGGCCGUGUACAGUAGACGAUGCGUUCUUCCGCUUCGUCACUGACAUGGGCGGUCCCGGCCCAGACCGUGGUGCGGGAGGGAAAUAUUUGAUCCUGCCCCCGGGCUACAAGGGCAGCACCCCAGAAGGUUAUUACAUCGCCACAUCGCCGACUUACACGAAUUGGUUCGUGGGUCGCGGCUUCCUUCGCGAAGGCAAGCCAGAUCAUGCAGCCGCGGAGUGGCGAGACAAGCUCAAGGUCUACCCGCUGUCUGCUUCCGGCAAUCCGCCAAAGAUGGAAUACUUAAACAUCUCCGGCAGGGUGAUGAACACGAUUCAUGCGAACGACUUCAGCUUCUUCGAGGAGGUUAAUGCCGUCAUACAGUAUGAGCCGAUCGAUUUCCUAGAGCCAGAACUCAGGGGCAACCUUGCCGCCAUAGGCAUCAUGAAGGGCAAGCCCUUCCAGCCGGACGAAAGGAUGAAAGCACUGCUCACGGAGGCCGCCGUGAUCGGCAACGCGACUUCUCGAGCCAUAUCCUUCGCGCCCAGGGAUAAGCCGGAAAUUUACGAAAACAGCGAAUGGCAGAGCCUUUUCCAGGGAGGUGACUACCAUUGGUUGAGUCACGGGGGUGCAGGAGGCCGGAACAAAGAUGCAAGAACGAGGUUCUUUUAUGUUGCCACUGUGAACAGCGCAGCGAUGAUCCUGAAGAUGGUCGGUGUCGGGUCACAGUAUGCAAUGGCAAGCCGGGACUCGGAGCACAAGUACUUGGAUGGAGCAAAAACCUACACUCUCACACUGCCGCCCAAUGUGCCAGCAAAAGACUUCUGGUCUUUGGUGGUCUACGACACACAGACACGCUCCAUGCUCAAGACGAAGCAGCUCUUCCCAAGUCGCAACUCGGUAGCCCAUGCAGCCGAAAUCAAGCAAAGCCCGGAUGGCUCCACGACAGUUUGGUUUGCCCCGUCUGCACCCCCUGGCCACGAAGGGAACUGGAUUCAGACCGUACCUGGAAAGAUGUGGUUCCUGCUACUGCGGCUUUACGGCCCUUUGGAACCCUGGUUUGACAAAACCUGGCGGCCUGGAGAGAUUGUCGAAGUAGUCGAGCCGGAGGACUUUGUCGAGGCUUCCGUGCUGGUUUGGACUUUGGUUGCGCCAGAGCUUCCCAGCUGUCUCCGGAGUCUUGAGGCGCCUCCAGUGCACUCCGUCGAGGUUUGUGAGGAGGAGCUUUCCGGGGACGUAUAUGCGACAGGUUGA